UCUACUCGCACUCGCCGCCGCUGCCGUUCCCCAUCCCAAGUCCCAGACCAAACAAUGUCGACGCCUAGCCAGAAGAAGAGGAGGAGUAAGGGGAAGGACGGCGCGGUGGCGCCGGUGGGACUGAGGCUUAAUCGCCUGGGUCGUGCUUCUCCUCGCGAGGCCGCCGGGAAGCCGGUGUACCUUGCGGUGGAGCACGACGAUGACCAGGAGGUGCCCGCGCACUCCAUCGUCGAGCUCGGCGGCGGCGGCGGCGGCGGCGAAGCCCACCUUGUGCUUCACAACGUCCGCGGGAUGUCCUUCGCCACCGUGGAGUCGCGCUACGGGCCCCGGAUCGUAGGCGUCGGCGGCAAGUUGUUCACCACGGUGUACGACCCCAAGACCUCGAUGGAGAUCCCCGGCCCCUUCCUCGUCGAGCCUAAGCUCCGGCCCGUCCUCAUCCCGCGGGGCAGCAAGCUGUAUGCGCUCUCCCGAACCCCUUCCGUCGUGCCCGGCCUCGACUUCCUGCCCUGGUUCGUGUACCUCGACCUCAACUACGUCUUGGUCGCCCCUCACGACGCGAGAACCAUGGGAUGGCACCACUUGCCGCCGCCGCCCAUCUUCCCUGUCCGCCUCAACCCGCUCGAGUACCGUGACCCGCCGGAGGUCCGCGUCGCCUCCUACGCCGUGGUCGGCUCCCACAUACUGCUCUCCGUGCAGCAAGACAAGGGCACCUGCGCUUUCGACAUGGACACCAACCAGUGGGAUAUGGUGGACGCCAACAACUUGCCUUUCAUCGGCAAGGCUGUUCCCCUUGGUGGCCACCUCUUCAUUGCCCGCUCCAUAGCCAAUGGCGGUGCUGCUGCAGUGUACGACAUCAGGGUCUUCCCCUUACAGCCAACAAGUUCAGGGUCACACAAGACGGAGUUGUCCAUCCUCAACAUCCCCGUGGUGUCCAAGGGCAUUGUUCCAGGGCAGCUUUUCUGCUCCUUGGGGAAGGGCAUCUUCUCUUCCAUCGACGUUCGAUCUGCUGCUACUCCUGGUCCAGACGCCAAGCUGCAUAAAGCGCGUAUCGUUCAUCGCACCUACUCUCAGGUUGGAGGGGAUGACACUGAGGACAAUAAUUAUACUGUCAUAACCAAACAGCACAGACAGAUUUACAAACUUAUUGAUCGGACUCGUCAUUUGGCUCAUCCUUCGCCGGUUGUUGCUGCUUUAACUAUGGAAGCAGAAUGACCAUGUGAAGGUUUGAACGAACAGUGGCAAGACUAGGCUGUAUUUGGACUGAAACUGUCCACUAUGAUGAAUGUAAGUUUGGUGAAAGCAGCAGUAAUUUAGCAGCUAUAAUUUUAGAUUUGGUGUUUCAUGCGAAAUUUGACUUGGUUUUGGUUAUGCAUCUGCUUGAACUAGACAACUUCUCCGGUGUCUGUUGUCUUGUUUAUGGUAAUUUGUGGCUAGCAAUGGAAUCGUUAUGGAUCCUUAUAAAUAUGCUUAUAUUCGUUGGUGAAGCCACGGGUUCUGUUUGAAA